CAGCGACAGAGGAGCUCUGACAAGGCGAGCUGGCUUCGAAUUUUGGAUAAUACCUGAACAUCUGCGGGACGAGCGGGUCUUUGUGGCUUUGUCUUCUAAAAGCAGGUUUUGGUGUCAGUGUUCUCCGGGGGAAACACAUGCAAACACAAGACUUGUAGAGUAUUGGAAAAGACGCACUCUUUCCACACGUGGACCACGGGCAACUCAGGGAAAUGUCUGGCAACACUGGAAGAGGUCAUGGGGGUCUUAACCAACUAGGCGGAAUGUUUGUAAAUGGACGUCCACUUCCGGAGGUUAUCCGGCAACGCAUAGUGGAUAUGGCCCACCAGGGAGUACGGCCCUGUGACAUCUCCCGCCAGCUCCGGGUCAGCCAUGGCUGUGUCAGUAAAAUCCUUGGACGCUACUACGAAACCGGUAGCAUUAAACCUGGUGUGAUUGGUGGCUCAAAGCCCAAGGUGGCCACUCCAAAGGUUGUGGACAAGAUUGCAGAGUACAAGAGACAGAAUCCGACUAUGUUUGCCUGGGAGAUUCGAGACCGCCUGCUGGCUGAAGGCGUGUGUGACAGUGACACUGUGCCCAGUGUGAGCUCCAUAAACAGAAUAAUUCGCACCAAGGUCCAGCAACCAUUUAACCUGCCUCUGGAUGGAAAAGGCCUGAGCCCAGGUCAAACAUUAAUCCCGAGUUCAGCAGUUACCCCUCCUGAAUCUCCACAGUCGGACUCUUUGGGCUCCACCUACUCCAUCAAUGGCUUAUUGGGUAUUCCCCAGACUGGUACAGAGGGCAAGAGGAGCCACGAUGACAGUGAUCAGGAGAGUUGUCGGCACAGUGUAGACUCUCAGGGUAGCGGGGGCAUCCCUAGAAAACAAAUGAGACUGGACCAUUUCACAGCAGCAUCGCAACACUUGGACUGUGGCUUUGACCGGCACCACUACCCAACGGACGCCUUCAACUCACCAUCAAGUAGCAAGACAGAACAAACUUUGUAUCCGCUGACACUUAUCAAUGGUACUUUAGAGGAGGCAAAGAACAGCCUGUCAACAUCCAGCACAGCUCUUGGUCGCAAUCUGGCAGGGCAUCAGGGAUACACAGUGGUGACAGACUCUGUACAGCCACUGCCGCUCUGCCUAAAACAAGAGAUGUCUCCAGAAGUGACAAGCACCUGCCCCUCCCCUCACAUGACACCAUCCAACCUGGCCUAUGUAGAGCUCCAGGCUCUGCAAAAACCCGUCUCUGUCAGCAGCUGCAGCAGUUCCAACCAUUUCCCCAAUGCCAUCAGCUCCUUCUCCCAUCAUGCACCUGUGUACGGCCAGUUCAGCAGCCAGUCUAUCAUCUCAGGGCGUGACAUGGUGAGCUCCACAUUGCCAGGCUACCCACCCCACAUCCCAUCUCCAGCACAGUCGGGAUACUCUUCUUCUGCCAUCACAAGCAUGGUAGCGGGUGCUGACUACUCGGGCCAGUCCUAUAGCCAUUCUCCAUAUACCUCCUAUAGUGAGGCCUGGAGAUUUACCAACUCUGGCAUACUGGGUUCGCCUUAUUAUUACAGCUCGGCAUCACGCACAGCCCCUCCGUCCACAGCUGCCUAUGACCAUCUUUAGCCUGACUUUGUGCCAAUUAGCCUAAAAUACAAAGGACUCAAACCUGGAACAUUUGGCAUGUGACAGGACCAAGGAUGUAAAGCUGCUGAGGAAAUAGCCACUGCAUUUCUAUGUCUGGUUAUUUGUUGACAUAAAUCUCAUCUAUGUUAAAGUAUUUGAGUAUAUUUAUUAUAGGCUACUGUUGAGUAUGGUGUUGCCAUACAGUCUAUGGUGGUUACAUGCAAACUCAGUUUUUCGUAAUACGACCAAAGAAUUUUAUUGCCAGUUUGCCACACACUGUCGGAUUCUAAAAAUAUGCAAGAACUUUAUAUUAAACUAUGCCUACAUUUGUUUACAUUCAUAUUUUUGUUAUUUGGCAAUUGUCGUCAUUUUCUAUGGUUUACAGUCUCCAUAAUAUUAAUAAAAUACGGUGUUCACCAAA